GUCAGGACUGUCCCUGCAACUACCAACGAUUUCACCCACUCCCUAUUCGAUUUUUGCCGGCUCAACACCAAAACAAGAGGUGAUCCGGAGACAUUCCUCCCAGAGGGAAUAAUUACCCUUGUUAGAUCCACGAGAAUAGUGAAUUUUUCGUUGAGUUCUUCAGUUAUUUCUUUUUCCUCGUGUGAAACAUUUAAGUGGUGAUAUUCUUCCUGAAAUUGUAAUGCUAGUGGAUAAAUAAUGAUAUUUACACUGAGGAUGUCUUCAUGGGUGCUGGGAAUUUUUAUCGCUUCACUAUCGACACUGGGGGCUUGGACCUAUAAUGAGGAGUAUCCGCAGUAUCUUCACCCUCCUGCCUAUGGAGUCCGGCCUCAACAGUCGCACAAUCCCUUGAGGAGAUGGAGUGAUUCCUGGGACGAUGGACCCCGGAGAAGUCAUGCUUACCGUCGAGAGACAGAACCCUCGAAGAUCCAAUACACGAGAUUAAUUCGACAAUCAGAACCCAAGUCUGACCCACUGAUGACAAUUAGCGAGACCCUUGGAGCUCUUAAUACAGUCGGUAAUUACAUAGUCAACAUGACGAGGGGAAUGGAUUCGGAGAGGCCGCCAAAAGAGUUACCUUCUGCCAUUUACACCAUUUCGAAGAAUAUUCUGGGAAGAAAUGUGACUGACAGCAUUGCACCUCUGGUACGAGGGGUGACACUGCCUCUGAGACCUGCGACAACAUCUACGACAACCCCUGAAACACACAAUGCACCUGCAGGCGAAACAGUCGUUAAUAGGGACAAAGAGAGUGCCUCUUCUACUUGCACCACCUCUGAGGGAGGUCCUGGCAAGUGCCAGGAUUUGAGUAAUUGUCCACAACUCCUCUUGGAUCUCACCAAACUGAGGCAAUCACUGUGCUUCAAGAGCUUGUUCGUUCCUGGGGUUUGUUGUCCUUUUGAUAGGGCCGAUGGAUCCAGCAGUGUCAGCUCAACGACGAGUUCAUCAGUCAGUGAAAGUGGACGUCCCCCACGGCCAUCUCACCGUCCACUGAAGCCAGUGACACCACGACCCAUUCCUCUCUAUCCGAUAGCAACUUCCUCUCCAAGUACUGUGCUUAAACCUCUCCCGACAGGAAACAGCUCCAAUAACCUCGAGGGGGUCGACAGCAUUGAGAACAAUUUCAUUCAAGACGACGAAGAAUGUGGAGUGAGGAACGCUGGAAAAUAUCGAGUUGUUGGAGGAGAAGAGGCUCUUCCAGGACGUUGGCCCUGGAUGGCAGCAAUUUUUCUCAGUGGAACUCGAAAAACUGAGUUCUGGUGCGGAGGCUCUCUGAUUGGCCCUCGUCACAUAUUAACUGCUGCCCAUUGCACCAGGGAUUUGCGCCAAAGACCGUUCGCAGCGCGGCAAUUUACAGUACGUCUAGGCGACAUAGAUCUUGAACGUGACGACGAGCCAUCAUCUCCAGAGACUUACCAAGUGAAGGCAGUCCGCGCACACGAUAAAUUCUCCCGUGUUGGUUACUACAACGACAUCGCCGUACUAGAACUGACUAGACCUGUGAGAAAAUCUCCUUAUGUCAUACCAAUCUGCUUGCCCCAAGGUCGCUACCUCUCGGAGGCUUUUGCUGGUGCAAGACCUACUGUCGUCGGAUGGGGAACCACUUAUUACGGGGGAAAGGAGAGCACAGUGCAAAGACAAACAGUUCUGCCUGUGUGGAGGAACGAGGACUGUAACGCCGCAUACUUUCAGCCAAUAACUGGCAAUUUCCUGUGUGCUGGAUACAGCCAGGGUGGCAAGGACGCCUGUCAGGGAGAUUCAGGAGGUCCUCUGAUGCUCAGGGCGGAGGGCAAAUGGAUGCAAAUUGGAAUCGUAUCCUUUGGUAAUAAAUGCGGAGAACCUGGAUAUCCUGGUGUCUAUACCAGAGUCACUUCCUACGCCGAUUGGAUCAAAACUAAUGUCAAUUGAGCAUUUUCCUCGCUUUCUUCCAUUUUUCAGGAUUCAAGUAGAUUUUUCAGAUUCAUGCUUUUAUAUUCAUUUUAUUGGGAACAAUUUCUCUUCAAUGCACUUAUGUUAAAUUUCUCUUGAAAUUUUCUGAAGAAAAGGUUGAUUGUUUUUCGCCAACUCAUUCAAAUGACAUUUAUCUGCGUUUCGAGAGACAGGGUGGGAUAAAAUGAAACAAUGUCUUUACAUUUUGCAAUAGAAAAUUGAAUGGGUCUAGUGAAAAUGACACAAUUUUAGGAUAACAUUAGCCGAACGUACUGCAAUUAUUUUAAUGCAAUGUCGGUAUAAAAAUUUCUAUCUGUAUUUGUACAUCAUGUGCCAUUUUACCCCGUUCUGCAUUCCUCUGCUCCUUUCGCCUACCAAAUCAGUUGAUACCUUGAAUAUUCAUUGAAACUCAAACUUUGCCAGUCUAAAUGACUAACAAAAAUACAAUCUGUCUAAAAAAUCUUCAAUUUGAAGAGCAGACACUGGAGACAUUGUCUAUUGCUGAUUGAAUUUUCGACAGAAACUGUCUUUGGAAAUUUCGGAAAUUUCGAGAAGCUUCUAACAGCUUCUAUGCAUCCGCAUAAUACGCUUUAGAGGAAUAUCGUGAGAAUCAUAUAUUAGAGAAUCCUGGGUAAAAGAUCAUUAGUCGUCUGAACAAUCCCUCAAUUUCUCUCCAGCAGUUUGUGCGAAAGAAGUCCAUUUUUUAACAACCCGUAGGUUUUAUACCAUUCAAUUCUUAGUACAAGUUCAAAUUUGUUACAAGCUCAAUAUAAACUCCUAUUAUUCGAAAAUGUUGGGAUGUAAAAAAAAAUCAGAGAAAAAUAUUAGAAUAUUUUGGAACUAUUGACCGAAAUAUAUGUUUGCAUACACUUGAAUCUCUUAAAAAUUUGUAAUGAGAACUGGGAAAUAGCAGUCAUUCGUGACUUAAUAUCAUAUUUAUAUUUCUCGAGUCAUUGAAAGAGGGACACGAUUCAAUAAAUUUCAUAGCGGCCCACGGGCUACUUAAGUGGAACACAGCAAAUCUAUUGUGAGAAUUGAAUUAUUCUCCGCUCGACUUGUUUUUUAAUACGAAAAUUAUAGGAGUGGGAAGAAUAUUGUAUUCUGCUCUGUAUCACUUGAGGUGGAGUUUCAGAAGAUUGAGACCGAGAAUUUUUGUUAUCUGUACAUAAUAUCUGCAAGUUUUAAGCAGUAAUGGCCGAGUAUAUUAUAUUAAUAAAUUAUUUAAAUGUAUUAUAAUUUGAUAUCUGUACAUUGUGUGAUAGCAAUAAAAUUCGUCGAAUUCGAAACAAUUGAGUUGUAGUUUUUGGAGUUUAUUCACUGACAUUUAGGUUGCUUCCAAAAUUAUCAAGUUUUAACGUCAAUUAUGGAAAAUUCCAAUAAAAUAAAGGGAGGUAAGAAAGGAGAGAGUGCCUCGACCGAGGACUUGAAGAACAUUAUUAAACAAAUGAUUAAAAAGGCGCUGGAUGAUAAUGAUCACAUGCUGAAGCUCCACAAAAAAGUCUGUGAGGAAUGGUCAUCAUUUCUUGAAUACAAACCUCCAAAUAUCCCAACGAAGUAUCCCCCCCCGAAGAAAAAAUCUCCAAUGACAAUAAACGUGCGAAAAAAAAUGGAAAAAUGCGAACCGAUGGGAGGAAGUACCUCAAAUCCCUCAAAGACCAAAAAAAUCAUGCAAAGGACACCGGAAAAUCGGCCAAAGAUUCAAAAGCUCUUGAAACAAGAAGAAAACGCACAGAAAAUGAAGGAGGAAGAGAAUAACGCACAGUUGCGGAGGGAGAGAGCGUGGGAAUUCUACCAUCAACAGAAGAGAGUGCAGAAAGGCUGGAAGAUGCGUAAGAACUGGGA